GCGAUCUUUUUAAAGUGAUUAUGGCUUCGAUGCAAGGCAAUUGGGUCAAGCUUGACCAAAAAGGGACUGGGCCUGGAGCCAGAAGCUCUCAUGCCAUAGCACUAGUAGGACAAAAAAUCUAUGCCUUUGGUGGCGAGUUCACGCCACGAGUCCCGGUUGACAACAAGCUCCAUAUCUUUGACCUUGAAACCCUAACAUGGUCUGUGGCGGAUGUAACCGAGGAUGUCCCUCCACCACGUGUUGGUGUCACAAUGGCAGCUGUUGGAAAAACCAUCUAUGUAUUUGGUGGUAGAGAUGGUACACAUAAAGAGCUGAAUGAACUCUACUCUUUUGAUACAUCUACAAGUAAGUGGACCCUACUAUCUAGCGCUGAUGCUGGGCCGCCUCAUCGGAGCUACCACUCAAUGACUGCUGAUGAUCGCCAUGUGUACAUUUUCGGUGGUUGUGGUGUUUCUGGCCGGCUGAAUGAUUUAUGGGCAUUUGAUGUUGUUGAUCAAAAGUGGAUCAAAUAUCCAACGCCAGGGGACAAUUGCAAGGGUAGAGGCGGGCCUGGGUUGGUUGUGGCCCAAGGGAAAAUAUGGGUUGUAUAUGGUUUCGCGGGAGUGGAAGUGGAUGAUGUUCAUUGCUUUGAUCCAGCCCAUGGACAGUGGUCCCAAGUUGAGACGAGUGGUGAAAAGCCCACGGCCCGCAGUGUGUUUUCUACUGUUGGGAUUGGAAAAUACAUAAUUGUAUAUGGUGGAGAAAUUGACCCGAGUGACUUGGGUCACAUGGGAGCAGGAAAAUUUUCUGGUGAACUUUAUUCAUUGGACACGGAAACAUUAGUGUGGACACGGUGGGAUGAUGGGCAGGACUCGAAUAUUCAUCCAGGACCUCGCGGCUGGUGUGCUUUUGCAGGUGGGUGUCGGGAUGGCAAACAAGGGCUAUUGGUAUAUGGUGGCAAUUCUCCCAGCAAUGAUCGGCUUGAAGACAUUUUCUUCCUCACUCCUUCCCUCUAAUUUAUAUGAUGAGUAAUGGUGUUGUAACUAUGAUUAUGAACUCUGGAGUGUUUAGUGGCAGCUUGCUUAUCAAGUGUCUUGUAGAAGUUUCUUACUGUUUGUUUCGUGGAUGAUUGCUUUAUGAACUCAACCUUUGCUUGAUUUGCU